CGGGGACCGCCACCGGGGACCGCCACCGGGGACCGGCACCGGGGACCGGCACCGGGGACCGGGGGCCAGAGGGUCGGGUGCCCCGGGGCUGGGAGAGGUUCCCCCGGUGCCCGGCCCCGUCUGCGUCGCCGCAGCUCUGGGCGCGGCUGCGAAAUCGGCCCGGAGCCGCGAACGGCCCAGGSUGGAAUAACCCCUGUGGGUCAGAGAGGAGCUGUGAGCCAUGGCUCUGGCACUGAGGUGCCUCCGUCCUCUGCCGUCCCUGCUGCACCGUUCCUCGUUUGCCAUGAGCAGGGGGCUGCCCCAGGCUCGCUCAGGCUGCCCAGCCCUGCUCCUGGAGGGCUGCAGGCAGUGUGUGCAGCARAUGCUGCUGAGCAGGCAGCUGGCAACCAAAAAAGCUAAAGGUAAAGGGCAGAGUCAAGCCAAAGUGAAUAUCAGUGCUGCCCUAGUUGAGGAUAUUAUCAAUUUGGAGGAAACCAGUGAAGACAUGCAGGCAGUCAUAGAAGCUCUGAAAGAAGAUUUCAGCAGAAAUCUGAGUGUCAGAACCUCACCAGGGGCCCUGGAUCACAUAAUUGUGAUGACAAAGGAUGGGAAGUUUCCGCUGAACCAGCUGGGGCAGAUCUCCCAGAAGUCACCRCAGCUCCUGAUAGUGAACAUGACCAAUUUUCCAGAGAGCACAGCUGCAGCUGCGAAGGCYAUAAGGGAGAGUGGCAUGAACCUGAACCCCGAGGUGGACGGGACGGUGAUUCGGGUGCCAGUUCCCAAGGUCACGAGGGAGCACAGGGAGAGCCUGGCCAAACUGGCCAAGCAGUCCACCAACAAAUCCAAAGAGGCCCUGAGAAAGGUGCGAAGCAAAAGUAUCACCCAGGUGAAGAAGUUCAAGAGCAAAGUGUCAGAAGAUACCAUCUGGCUGCUGGAAAAGCAGAUCCAGCAAAUGGCAGAUGAGGCUGCCACGGAGAUGGACAAGCUGCUGGCAGCAAAGACCAAGGAGCUGCUUGGAUAAACCCCAUCCCAAAGGACACACUCCCCCUCGAGCAGGAAUGGACAGCCACCCCCAGCAGUCACCUCUGUGCCAUGGCUGCUCCCAUGGCCACCUUGGGGUGUGCUGGAGGGAGCAGGGAGUUCUGUUUGCUGUCCUUCGUUCAGGUGGSAGCAAAAUCGGAUGAACUGAGAUCAAAAAUAAAAUACCAGGAAGGUGAAGCACAGAGGAAGGACUGCCCUGCUCACCUUGUGCCCCGCACCAUCAGCUCCUGGAGCCCAUGCCACACAUGAGAGGAACCUGCCUGUCCUGCUGCAGACCUCAGCAUUUAUUUUUGCUUGAAAUAAAGUCAGAAUGAGAUGUGGAGGAGCAGCCUUGCCACAGCCAGGUCCUGGUGGGUGCUUUCCCUUGGGAGGGAACAGGAGGCAUUUGACCUGUGCCAUGGCUGGCAGCUGCCAGCAGUGUGGGAAGGGUCAGCACAGGGUGGGCAGGGACGGGGAUUUCAGGACUGAGAAGACCCAAAGCCAACCCCAGAACUUUCCCAAAGUGACAUCAUUUACAAAACGCCUGUGUGAGUCGCAGGCACCUCAGUUCAGGGGCUGGAGGAGGUACAGGCAGAGCAGGUCCUGGGCACAUCCCACAGCUCAGCCCCUCACUGUGGGCAGGUCCUUCCCAUGAUGGCCUCGGCUGUGGCAGGAGCAGGAAGGUGGUGGCAGCCCCCAGCCCUGCUCCCAAGGCAUUUGGGUUCAAAGAGCACCGAGUGCUCUGCACUCCUUAAAUAAACAACUCCCCAAAAGUU